AUGGGAAGAAGAAAGUAUGACUUUGACUCUUCCGAUUAUGAUUCUGAUGAGGAUAGGAAAAAGAGAACGAAAAGAGGUGAUGGAACUGAAGCUGCAAGAGUAAAGAAAAGGCUUGCAGACUUUGAUUCUGAAAAUUCUGAAGCAUGGAAAGUCAUCAGUCAAAUGUUUGGUCCAGGUGUAACACAUAGCGAACUCAAAAGUAUUGCACAAAUUAUAUGUGAGCAUACAACAAAUCCGAAAAUUAGGCUUGAUAGAGAUGCUUCCCGAGAUAACCGUGUUUUACUCAAGUGGUUCACUGAAAAUUGGAGUGUGAUAGAACCACACCUGCAAAAUAUUACUUUACGUGAUUCUGAAUAUAAAAUUUUAUCCGGCAAAGAAACCAACUAG